UCCGGGUUAUUGUGCGCAUGCGGGUUGAAGCGACUUGGCGCGAACAGUAUGGAGGCAAAUGUAGUGGACUAUCGUGUCAGCGUGUGAUGUCAACAAUUUUUCUUUCUAAACAUUACAAGCACUUCGUAAAAAAUGGACAUCCGCAAGUUCUUCAACCCUGUGUCUAGCAAUAAAAAGCCUUCCAGCAACACAAAACUACCACAGGAAUCGGCAUCAGUAAAGAAAACCAGUCAAAAAACAUAUCAAAAACUAGCGCAGCUCAGAAAUGUGUAACAACCAAGCAACCAAAAAAAGAGACAAAAGAAGAGUUAAAUAAAAAAAAUAAAACAGACACAGGCAUUGUGAUUAUUGAAGAAUCAGAUGAAGAAGUGGUUUACAAAAAAGAGGAAAAAAAGAAGGCAAGCAGAACUGAGAGAAAGACAGCAAAAACAUUAUUAGACAGUAGUUUUGAAGAGGAUAAGCCAAAAAAAGAGAAGGAAACAGACAACAUUAAGACUAAAAAAGGAAUAAAAAAGAAAGUAGUGAUCGAGUCAGAGGAUGAUGAAGAAGUGAUUCCUUCAAGCUUACAUAAAAAAGUGAAGAAGCAGUGUAAUAAAAAUGGAAGGAGUCAAGAUGCAGAAGAUCUUAACCAAAGCAAGGUUGGGAAGAAAAGGCGAAAAAUGUCUCAGAAUCUUGACACAGAUGAUGAAAUGCCAGUGAAAAAGAAAUCCAGCAGAAACCGCCAUAACAUCAUUGAAUCUGAUUCAGAUACAGAAGAUCCAGUGCCACUGACAAUGAAAACAGGGAGGAAAAAAGCAGUCAUUGUUGUGGAUGACUCAGAGGAUUUAAAGCCAUCAAAAGCAUCCAUGCUAGAUGCAUACGUCAUGAAAGGAUCUAUCACAGUAGAGAAGGAGCCAGAGUCCAAGAAGAAAAAAACAGAAACAAAGGGUUUAGUCAGUGCUGAUGACUUUUUUGGAACUGGUGUGGUUCAGAGAAGUGAGAGAAAUGUGGUUGCGAAAAAGAGGACGCUGGCUGAAUCAAUAGAUUCAGAGCUCCAUGAUGAUGAUGAUUUCACCAAAACACUGGCACAGCUUGAUGAGCUUCGGUCAAAAAAGCCGAGACCAGAGAUCAGUGAGACUAGAAGUACAAAAGGUGCAUCCAGUGUGGCCAGCAAGCUUGAACUUCAAUACUCCAAGAGAGAAGAGGAAUCUAAACAAGACAAGAAGACAAAAUCCAAGGAACCACAGCCAUCCCCUGCUAAACCUUCCCCAAACACUUUGAAAACGCCACCCAAGAAACCGGAAAAUGAAGGCAAAGGCUCAGCCAUCAGAAACAGGGAAAACUACCGAAAUUUUUUGAACAGAGAAGGACCAAGAGCACUUGGCUCAAAGGAGAUUCCAACAGGAGAAGAAAACUGCUUGGAGGGCUUAUCUUUUGUCAUCACUGGAGUGCUUGAGUCAAUGGAGCGUGAGGAGGCAAAGAGUCUGAUUGAACGCUAUGGGGGAAAGGUCACGGGCACUGUCAGCAGCCGCACAAGUUAUGUUGUCAUUGGACGAGAUGCUGGUGCCUCAAAACUCGCAAAGAUUGAACAGCUCAAAACAAAGCAGCUCGAUGAAGAUGGAUUAUUAAAUUUGAUUAAAACACUACCUGGGAAAAAGUCUAAGUACCAAAUCCAGGCAGAACAAGCUUUGAAGGAGGAGAUGAAGAAGUUGCCUAGUGUUCCAUAUACAGCACUGAAAAAGUCUGACUUAGCUGUUGCUUCCUCUUCGAAAUCAUCCAGAUCAUCUGAACAUAAGUCCUUGGACCCUUGGUCAGAGGAAAGCUCAUUCUUAUUGAAAGAGGCAGAUUCUUUGGCAAGCCAAUCAAAUGCAGAUUCCGGGGAGACAACUUUGAUGUGGGUAGACAGGUACAAACCUACCUGUCUGAAGCAAGUUAUUGGGCAGCAGGGUGAUCGUAGCAAUGCCAAGAAACUGUUACACUGGCUUCAAACCUGGCACAAAAAUCAAGCAGACGGAGCCAAGCCUACAGGUAAAUUUUUUGGCCGAGAUGAUGGUGCAGGCUACAGAGCAGCACUGUUGUCUGGCCCCCCUGGCAUUGGAAAAACUACAACUGCUGUGCUGGUCUGUAAGGAAAGUGGGUUCUCAACUGUGGAGCUCAAUGCCUCAGAUACACGAUCCAAACGUAGUCUCAAAGAAGAAGUGGCCGAGGCAUUAGGGAACCAGACAGUUGUAGACUAUCUGGAUUCACAUAAAGGACCAGUCACUGGUCACAACCACUGCCUAAUUAUGGAUGAAGUGGAUGGCAUGGCUGGUAACGAGGACCGUGGAGGGCUGCAAGAGUUGGUGCAACUGAUCAAAACCUCUCGCAUCCCUAUAAUCUGCAUCUGCAAUGACCGCAAUUCACCCAAGAUGCGUACUCUUGCUGGCUACUGCUUUGACCUGCGCUUUCAAAGACCAAGAUUGGAGCAGAUCAAGGGAGCUCUGAUGUCAAUUGCUUUCAAAGAAGGUCUGAAAAUCACCCCCCCAGUUCUACAAGAGAUUAUACUGGCUUCCCAUCAAGACAUUCGUCAGGCUAUUCACAAUAUGUCAAUGUGGACGGCCAACAAAAAGGAGUUGACAUACGAUCAAGCCAAGCAGGAUGCAAAAAGUGCACAGAAAGAUAUUAGGCUGGGUAUAUUUGAUGUGACUCGCAAAAUAUUUGCUGGAGGAGAAGAGACAGCAGGAAUGAGUAUCAAUGACAAGUCAGACCUUUUCUUCCAAGACUACAGUUUUGUCCCACUUUUUGUGCACGAAAACUACAUGACUGUAGUUCCUUAUGCUGCAAAGGGUGACAAAGCUCAACACUUGUCUUUGCUAGCAAGAACUGCAGACAGUAUUUCUCAAGGUGACCUUGUUGACAGACUUGUUCGCACUCGUGGUAGCUGGAACCUUUUGCCGAUCCAGGCUAUAUAUGCAAGUGUGAUACCAGGCGAGUAUAUGAGAGGAUCUGUGUCACAUAUGAUCAACUUUCCUGCUUGGCUUGGAAAAAACUCCUCCACCAAUAAAACUGAUCGCACCCUACAAGAACUUUGUUCUCACAUGUCCCUCAAAGUGUCUUGUGACAAGCGUGGACUCAAUAUGGAUUAUCUUCCUGCCUUGCGCGUUCGGUUGACGGAUCCUCUGGUGAAACAUGGCAGUGAGGGAGUCCCACAAGUGAUUGGCCUGAUGGAUGAGUAUGACAUCAUAAAGGAUGAUUAUGAUAACAUCUUGGAGCUGACAAAAUGGCCUAAUAGCAAAGAUCCAUUGGCUAACAUAGAUUCAAAGACUAAAGCAGCCUUUACACGGCAGUACAACAAAGAAUCACAUUUGACACCAUAUGCCACUGGUGUGGUCUCAAAGAAGAGAAAAAAGAGAGCUGCAGAUGUGACAGAAGAUCUUGAAGAAGAAGAGGGUGGUGUGAGGUCUGUUUCUGACAGUGAGGAAGAUGAAGGACUUGAAGUUGACACAAUGAUUAAGGUCAGCAAGAAGCGAAGCAAUAAAGCACAACCGACCAAGGGCAAAUCAUCUUCUUCAUCAGUAGCAGACACAGCAACCAGUGGCAAGGGCAAGGGGAAGGGUAAAGGAGGGAAAAGGUGAUACUUCAUAUGACACUUUGUGUGGUCAGACAUAAAGUAUUUUGUACUGUGGGUGCAAAUAAAAGUGCUGUGCUGAUUCAGACAUAGUUGUCGGUAAAGAGCAUCUUGGUUUUGAUUUCAUCAGAUACUUUUUGCUAUUACACAUGAAACGUUUUGUUUUUGUGGUUGCAAGAUUCAAAUUUAGCUGCAGGAGAAGAGCAACUUAUUUCACACUUCACAUGAUUCCAUGGAAUGAUUUGUCUAGUUUUCGUUAAGUUGCUUCAGCUAGUAUUUUUCUGGUCAAGUGCAUCCUCUGCCAUCAGUGAAUGUUGAGUCAGUAUCUCUGAAAUUUGUUACUAUAGUGUUAAAGUGGGACUGCAGUAACUGUAAUUUUAUUAAGAGAGAUGACAAAUCCUCUUUUGCAACAAGGCAGCAUUUUCUGUGUGUGGACUAUUAUAGUCACAUAGGACUUUAAUCUGUGUUCUCAAAAGCAUUAUAGAAAGGCAAAGGUCUGACUUUUGUUCAAGCAGGGGCUUGUAUGUGCUUAUGUUAAAAUUUGCUAUAGUCAUUCAAAAGCAGUUUUUGAGGAUCAUAUAGAACCACAAAUCUUCAUGCAAUUAAACAAAGCCUCCUUUUUAUUCAUUGAAAAUUGUCAGCAUUCUCCAAGUGACGGGUGACUAUUUCCCAAAGCAUUGGGAAAAAUGUGUAGUCAUGAAAAGACGGAUGCAAUUUACUGAUGUGCUAGUAUGUUGUGAUGACAGAGCAUACCCACAUCAAUUUUUGUUAACAGUGUGUGUGUGUAUUUUUGUGCAUGAUGUACAGAUAAUUGUGUGGUGGAAGCAUUGAGAGUAAUAGAAAGGUAACUGGCAGCUGCCCACUUUUGUCGUUUCGUCAGAUGACUUCAUAAUGAUGACUGUAUAUGACAAUGUGAGAAUAGAAAAGUUGAAUUUCCAAAAGAAACUUCAUUCUUUAUUGAUUAGAACAAUGUUUUUAAUUGUCUGGCAAUGAGUUCACAAAUUUUUUAAAUAAAGAAUUUUCUUUU